UUCGAACAGAAGACAGCUCUACUGACUCGUCAUGGCUCGUACCAAGCAAACUGCCCGCAAAUCUACUGGAGGAAAGGCUCCAAGGAAGCAGCUCGCCACUAAGGCCGCUCGCAAGAGUGCGCCAGCAACUGGUGGAGUGAAAAAACCUCAUCGUUACAGGCCUGGAACUGUAGCUCUUCGUGAAAUCCGGCGUUACCAGAAGAGCACUGAACUUCUGAUUCGCAAACUGCCUUUCCAACGAUUAGUUCGUGAGAUCGCUCAGGAUUUCAAAACUGACCUUCGUUUCCAAAGUUCAGCUGUAAUGGCUCUUCAAGAAGCUAGCGAGGCUUAUCUCGUUGGUCUCUUCGAAGACACCAAUCUUUGUGCCAUCCACGCCAAACGCGUCACAAUCAUGCCUAAGGAUAUUCAGCUGGCAAGACGUAUUCGUGGCGAACGUGCUUAAAUAUCAACUUUGACUCAUAAUCGGCCCUUUUCAGGG